CCUUGACUUCCUAGAGGUUUUUCACAUCACUAUUGCACCUGCAUAUCGUGUUCCAGUCCUGAACUGAUCCCCACUCCUUUCCAUUGUCACCAAAACAAACGCCACCAUGCCUAAGCGUAUUCUAUGCUCGUACGGUGUUGAUGUUGACGCCGUCGCUGGAUGGCUCGGCUCCUAUGGAGGUGAAGACUCACCCAGCGAUAUCUCCCGUGGCUUGUUCGCAGGAACACAUGGAACUCGCCGAAUGUUGAAGCUGUUCGACAAGUACAACAUCAAGGCGACAUGGUUCAUCCCCGGGCACAGUCUCGAGACUUUCCCCGAAGAAUGCGCAAUGGUCCGUGAUGCCGGGCAUGAGAUAGGGCUCCAUGGUUACUCUCAUGAGAAUCCUUCCGACAUGACACUAGAGCAACAACGUGAUGUCUUGGAAAAGACUCACAAGAUGCUUACAGAGUUCUGCGGCAAGCCUCCUCGCGGAAGCGUCGCCCCUUGGUGGGAGACUAGUAAAGAGGGCGUCGAUCUGAUGCUGAGCUAUGGCAUCGAGUAUGAUCACUCAAUGUCUCAUGACGAUUGCCAUAUGUACUGGCUACGCACUAAUGAUAGCUGGACCAAGAUCGACUAUAAGCAAAAGGCUGAGACUUGGAUGAAGCCAUUGGUAAAGGGGCAGGAUACAGGACUUGUUGAGAUUCCAGCAAACUGCCUUCCUCCCAUGAUGUUCAUCAAAGACGCCCCCAACAGCCACGGCUGGGUCAACUCUCGAGAUGUUGAAGAUCUGUGGCGAGAUCACUUUGACUACUUCUACCGCGAAUACGCCGAUGAUCCCGAUGAGAUCUGCGUGUUUCCUCUUACAGUUCAUCCGGAUGUUUCCGGUCGGCCGCAUGCUCUGCUGAUGCACGAGAGGUUGAUUGAGUACAUCAACAAGCAUGAAGGUGUUGAGUGGGUGACGAUGGAGCAGAUGUGUGAUGAGUUCAAGAAGAAGAAUAAGCCCCCAAAGGGAGCUGUUAUGCCCAAGGCUCAGGAACAGAAGUAGGGUAUUAUUGGUAGUCAUGAAUAAAGCGUUUCAAGAGCCUAUGUUGUCAGGUGAAGAUAUCAGCCGAUGUUCUUGUGAAUAAGUAUUUCCCGAUACUUUUCCAACCCAACACCUAUGAUGUUGAUGAAAGGCCAU